AUGGCGGCGGCGGCUGAGGAGGCUGAGGGUGCGGAGUUCGUUCCGGGCGUGUGCGUGUCCCUUCCUUGCCUCCCCGAGGAGGUGCUGGAGCAGAUCGCGGGCUGCGGCUCCCUGGGCCCCGCCGAGCUGGGCCGCCUGUCGGCCGUGUGCCGCCGCCUCCGGGACCUCUGCCGCCCGCACGGAAACGUCUGGAGGAACAGCUUCGGGAACAGGUGGCCAACGCUCCUGAAGCAUUACAACCUCGCGGACAGCGUCAACUGGCUGGAGGAGUACAAAGCGCGGCAAAACGCCGGCCUCGAAGCGCAAAGGAUCGUGGCGUCGUUUUCCAAGCGGUUCUUCUCGGAGCACGUCCCUUGCAAUGGCUUCAGUGACAUCGAGACCCUUGGAUGCCCAAGGCACUUCUUUGAGGACGAACUCAUCGCCAUCCUUAAUAUAGAAGGACGGAAGGCAUUGACGCGGAAGUAUUACGCCAAGAAAAUUCUGUAUUUCCUCCGGCAGCAGGAGAUUUUGAAGAGCCUGAAGGCAUUUCUGGAGCAGGUGGAGAACCAGGAAUCCUUCCUGGAAGGGGCCGUCCUCGUCGAUCGGUAUUGCAACCCCCUGGCAGAGAUCAGCCUGGAGGCGAUCCGGGCCCAGGUGGACGACAUCGCCGACAAAGUACGCCUGGCCUUGCGGGCGAAGAACCCCCGCCACCCCAGUUUAUCCUUCAAGGCAGGUGGGGCCUCGAUGAUACCAGACGGAGAACUCCAGAGGCAGGUGCUGGACGCCAUCAACCAGGUCCUCUACGAGCAGCUGAAAUACAGGGGGAACCAAACGGAUUACUAUAACGCCCUCAACCUCUUCAUCCACCAGGUUCUGAUCCGCCGAACGGGAAUGCCGAUCAGCCUGUCCGUGCUUUACCUCACCAUCGCCCGGGAUCUGGGCGUCCCCCUGGAGCCCGUCAACUUCCCCGGCCACUUCCUGCUGCGCUGGGGCCGGGGGGCCAAAGGAAGCCCGGACAUCUUCGACUACACCUACAUAGACGCCUUCGGGAAGGGGAAACAGCUGACGGUGAAGGAGUGCGAGUACUUGAUCGGUCACCGCGUGACGGAGGAAUUCUACGCUGUGGUCAACGCCAAGGAGGUGCUCCAGAGGAUGGUGGGAAACCUCUUAAGCCUGGGCAAACGGGAAAGGACCGAUCAAUCAUACCAACUCUUGAGAGACUCCUUGGAUCUGUAUCUGGCCAUGUAUCCGGAUCACGUGCAGCACCUUCUUCUCCAGGCCCGGCUCUACUUCCACUUGGGCAUCUGGCCGGAAAAGGUCCUGGAUAUCCUGCAGCAUAUCCAGACCCUGGACCCGUCUCAGCACGGGGCGGUGGGCUACUUGGUGCAACAUACGCUGGAGCAUAUUGAGCGCCGCAAGGAAGAGGUGGGCUUGGAGGUGAAGCUGCGCUCGGGCCCCAAGCACCAAGACGUCUGCUACCCGGUCGGCCGCAUCAUGAAGCACAAGAGGUACGGCUACAACUGCGUCAUCUACGGCUGGGACCCCACCUGCGCGAUGGGCCACGAGUGGAUCCGAAACAUGAACGUCCACAGCCUGCCGCACGGCCACCGCCAGCCCUUCUACAACGUCCUCGUGGAGGACGGAUCGUGCCGGUACGCCGCCCAAGAGAACCUGGAAUCCACCUUGGAGCCCCGGGAGAUCUCCCACCCGGACAUCGGCCGCUACUUCUCCGAGUUCACCGGCACCCGCUACCUGGCCAACGCGGAGCUGGCCGCCCGCUACCCCGAGGACGCGGAGUUCGAGGCCCCGCGGGGCCCCGACGACUGAC